GCUGUCUAGAAACAAGAUUCAAAUAUGUGAAUUGUGCAAUAUCUGUGCCGAAAAAGAAAAACUAAGUAAAAGAGAGAAAUGUCUUAGAGAAAAAUUAUCUGACAAUGAGAAUCUUUCUUCCCUUUUUUUAAAUGAAGAAAUGUUGGUAAAUGCUGAUAGCAGUGAAGAUGAACUUACAUAUAAUGUAUGUGAUUUUGAAGGGUUUGUAUCAUGCAAAUUUAGAGAGAAUGAAGAAAGAAAUGACCCUGUUGAAUUCUUCAUAAUAGUAGAAAUUGAAAGAGAAUUG